UUGACGUAGGGAAGAAAAAGACAAGAUCGGAUUACAAGAUGGCGGUCUCUGGAUGAGAGUGAAGAGGCCGUCGUAGUUGUUGUGUUUUCAACGGUGAAUUGUACAGUUAGUUAGCUAGCUAUCCGGCAUUCUGCGGGGAAAAUAAUAAUCAUCGUAAUAUGCUGGUGAAUUAGCUUUGCGUUUUAGCACAUUAUUGCAAAACAUGCGGGUGGAAACAAAGUUUGAAGUUCGGGGAUAAGAAAAUAGCUAGGCAACUAUUUGAAAUAGUGAACCAGUGGCUUGCUAACGUUAGAUUGUUAGCUUUUCCGCUCAAGGUAACCAUGUCGGAUACUCGGCGGCGUGUGAAAGUAUAUACGCUGAAUGAAGACCGACAGUGGGAUGAUAGGGGCACAGGACAUGUCUCGUCUACCUUUGUCGAACGACUGAAGGGAAUAUCAUUAUUAGUUCGGGCCGAAUCCGACGGCUCACUUCUUCUGGAGUCUAAAAUCAGCCCAAAUACUGCAUAUCAGAAACAACAAGACACCCUGAUUGUGUGGUCGGAAGCAGAGAACUAUGAUCUGGCCCUGAGUUUUCAGGAAAAAGCUGGCUGCGAUGAAAUCUGGGAAAAGAUAUGUCAGGUGCAAGGGAAAGACCCUGCGCUGGAGAUCACCCAGGACCCCAUCGAUGAGUCUGAGGAGGAGCGCUUCGAGGAGAUGCCAGAGACCAGCCACCUGGUGGAGCUGCCUCCAUGCGAGCUGGCCCGGCUGGAGGAGAUCGCUGACCUUGUGACCUCUGUCCUGUCCUCGCCCAUCCGCCGGGAGAAGCUGGCCCUGGCCCUUAUGAGCGAAGGCUAUAUGAAGAAGCUGCUGCAGCUCUUCCAGGUGUGCGAGGACCUCGAAAACCGGGAGGGCCUACACCACCUGUAUGAGAUUGUACGUGGAGUGUUGUUCCUCAACAAGGCGGCUCUAUUUGAGGUCAUGUUCUCGGACGACUGUAUCAUGGAUGUGGUUGGCUGUCUGGAGUUUGAUCCGUCGCUGGUGCAACCUAAAAAGCACCGGGAGUUCCUCACCAAGACGGCCAAGUUCAAGGAGGUAAUCCCCAUCACGGACUCAGAGCUGCGGCAAAAGAUCCACCAGACGUACCGGGUGCAGUACAUCCAGGACAUCAUCCUGCCCACACCUUCUGUCUUCGAGGAGAACUUCCUUUCCACCCUCACAUCCUUUAUUUUCUUCAACAAGGUGGAGAUAGUCAGCAUGCUGCAGGAGGAUGAGAAGUUCCUAACUGAAGUCUUUGCACAGCUAACGGAUGAAGCGACAGAAGACGGUAAAAGGCGGGAACUAGUGAACUUUUUCAAAGAAUUUUGUGCUUUUUCACAAACCUUGCAACCGCAAAAUAGAGAUGCUUUCUUCAAGACUCUGGCGAAUCUAGGCAUUCUUCCUGCUCUUGAAAUAGUCAUGGGUAUGGACGAUUUGCAGGUGAGGGCUGCAGCCACAGAUAUCUUCUCCUAUCUGGUGGAGUUCAGUCCCUCCAUGGUCCGGGAGUUUGUUAUGCAGGAGCCACAGCAGACUGAUGAUGAUGUGCUGCUGAUCAACGUGGUGAUAAAGCAGAUGAUCUGUGACUCGGACCCUGAGUUGGGGGGUGCUGUGCAGCUUAUGGGGCUUCUACGCACAUUGAUCGACCCAGAGAACAUGCUGGCCCCCACCAAUAAAACAGAGAAGACUGAGUUCCUCAGCUUCUUCUACAAGUACUGCAUGCAGGUCCUCACAGUCCCUCUAUUGGCCAGCACUGUAGAUGAGAAGAACUGUAAAGAUCUGCAAGAGGGGUCCACCAAGAUCAACCCAGUGUGUCCUGAUAAUUUCCAGACAGCCCAACUCCUGGCUUUGAUACUGGAGCUGCUGACGUUCUGUGUAGAGCACCACACGUACCACAUAAAGACCUACAUUAUGAACAAGGACCUGCUGCGACGAGUUUUGGUGCUAAUGAACUCUAAACACACCUUCCUUGCGCUGUGUGCUCUGCGUUUCAUGAGGAGGAUAAUUGGGCAGAAGGAUGAGUACUACAACCGCUACAUUGUCAAAGGGAACCUGUUUGAGCCAGUCAUCAACACUCUGCUGGAUAAUGGAACUAGAUACAACCUCCUAAACUCAGCCAUCAUUGAACUCUUUGAGUUCAUCAAAGUGGAGGAUAUCAAGUCCCUCAUAGCACACAUUAUAGACAACUACUACAAAGCACUUGAAUCCAUUGAAUACGUCCAGACUUUUAAGGGCUUGAAGGGCAGAUAUGAGCAGGAGAAGGACCGACAGACUCUGAGACUCAACAGAUAUCGUAGGGAUGCCCGAACGCUGGACGAGGACGAGGAUGAGGAAAUGUGGUUCAAUGAAGAUGGAGAGGCUAUUGAGAAAAGCAGGCCUGAGGAAGAGUUCCCAGAGAGCUUUGGAAAGUAUAUGGAAGCAAAAAAAGUUAAAGAGAGUGACAACAAAGAGAACUUCCCAAAGCGGACCCCAACUGGCAGCUUUAAGUUUACCUUCUCUCAUUCUGCAGGGGCUGCCAACGGAACCAACGGUGCCAAUUGCAAGCCAGCCACCUCUCCCACCUCCGCCGCCAGUCCCAACGGCUCCCCCGCCAAGUCGGCAACGCCACCUGCCACCCCGGUAGUCAAGACUGCGAUGGUCGGCCUUGUAGACUACCCUGACGAUGAAGACGAGGAGGACGAAGAUGAAGAGCAGUCCCCACGGAAACGGCCCCGUCUAGGCUCAUAAGCCAGUGAAGUCCACUGGUCUUGGUCCGCUGUGCCACUGUCACAGUCCACUGGACAGAGACCACUCCCGCCGUCCUACCCUCCCAGCCUGCUCCUACGCCCCCCUACCUGGCCUGUGGACCAGAGAGGUUGAUCAGUGCCAAGGUUUCCCUGAUGCUCCGGCAGGGACGCAGCACUUCACGCAAACCUCAGCCGCUCUACAAAAGGGGGGGCAGGGGCUAAUGGGAGAGCCAGUCAUGCUAGCAGGACUAGCCGCUUAGUAAUGGAAGCUUGAUUGGCUGACCCCAUAGAACUGUUAAUUUGGGUUGGGUGGAGAGAACUAGGCAAAAUGAGGGUUAACAGAAAAAACUAACCAACAGAAAACAAAGUUGCUUAGUUCCGAGGAGCAGGACUCAACCGUCGAAGCUGGGGCUGCAUUGCCGAGGCUCACACACACCUACAUCAGCCAGGAGUCCUGUAUUCAUGAGUUUAUUAAAAGUACUGUACAGUUAUUUUUCUUUUUAAUAAUUUGCCCCUUAAGUGAUUUUAAAAGGGUUGAGCUAUACCUGCCAGUGUAUUGCUUUUGCACAAAUGGUGGGAUCACUGUUCACCCUUUUAAUUCAAUUAUAUGAUUCAUUGUAUAAAGCAAGAGUUGCAAUGCUGGUUUUAAAAUAACAUGUAUUAAACGGCAGUAAAGUCAUUUUUGCAGCCCACUGAGAA